AUGGCGCCAUUUCAUAUGUUUACCUGCAAAGAAGUUUACCUCUCUCUAUCUAUUCAUUCUCUCUUUCUCUCUCUCUCUAUCUAUCUCUGUAUUCAUUCUAUCUUUCUUUCUAUCUAUCUAUCUAUAAAUAUAUCUUUCUCUCUCUCUAUCUAUUUGUUCAUUAAGUUUCUCUCUUUGUUUUUAUCUAUCUAUCUAUCUAUCUAUCUAUCUAUCUAUCUAUCUAUCUAUCUAUUUUUUAUCUCUCUCUAUCUAUUCAUUCUCUCUUUCUCUCUCUCUCUCUAUCUCUGUAUUCAUUCUAUCUAUCUAUCUAUCUAUCUAUCUAUAUCUCUAUCUAUCUAUCUAUUUUUUAUCUCUCUCUAUCUAUUCAUUCUCUCUUUCUCUCUCUCUCUAUCUAUCUCUGUAUUCAUUCUAUCUAUAUUUCUAUCUAUCUAUCUCUCUAUAAAUAUAUCUUUCUCUCUCUCUAUCUAUUUGUUCAUUAAGUUUCUCUCUUUGUUUCUAUCUAUCUAUCUAUCUAUCUAUCUAUCUAUUUGUUCAUUAUCUUUCUCUCUCUCUACCUAUCUAUUCAUUAAGUUUCUCCCUUUCUUUCUAUCUAUCUAUCUAUCUAUCUAUCUAUCUAUCUAUCUAUCUAUCUAUCUAUUUGUUCAUUAUCUUUCUCUCUCCCUAUCUAUCUAUUCAUUAAGUUUCUCUCUUUCUUUCUAUCUAUCUAUCUAUAAAUAUAUAUAUCUAUAUAUAUAUUUGUUCAUUAUCUUUCUCUCUCUCUCUAUCUUUUCAUUAAGUUUAUCUCUCUCUAUCUAUUCAUUCUCUCUUUCUCUCUCUCUCUAUCUAUCUCAGUAUUCAUUCUAUCUUUCUAUCUAUCUAUCUAUCUAUCUAUCUAUCUGUCUUUUCUCUGUUUGUUUCUAUCUAUCUAUCUAUCUAUCUAUCUAUCUAUCUAUUUGUUCAUUAUCUUUCUCUCUCUCUACCUAUCUAUUCAUUAAGUUUCUCCCUUUCUAUCUAUCUAUCUAUCUAUCUAUCUAUCUAUCUAUCUCUCUCUCUCUCUCUCUCUCUCUCUCUAUAUAUAUAUAUAUAUAUAUAUAUAUAUCUGUUCAUUAUCUUUCUCUCUCUCUCUAUCUUUUCAUUAAGUUUAUCUCUCUCUAUCUAUUCAUUCUCUCUUUCUCUCUCUCUAUCUAUCUCUGUAUUCAUUCUAUCUAUCUAUCUAUCUAUCUUUUCUCACUUUGUUUCUAUCUAUCUAUCUAUCUAUCUAUCUAUCUAUCUAUUCAUUCUCUCUCUCUUUCUAUCUAUCUCUUCAUUAUCUUUCUAUAUAUUUAUCUGUCUGUUGGAAUAUCAUGCCUGAAGACAAUGAAUCAAAAAUUUCUCCUUUUUCUUUCUUCUUGUAUUUUCUUUCUUUCUUUCUUUCUUUCUUUCUUUCUUUCUUUCUUUCUUUCUUCUUAUCCUUUAUUCUUUUUUCUUUCUUAUUCUUUCUUUCCUUUUUCCUUUCUUUCAGAGUUUUUCGUUUGUAUCUUCUUUCAUUUUGACUUUUCUUUCUUUCUUUCUUUCUUUCUUUCUUUCUUUCUUUCUUUCUUUAUUUAUUUAUUUAACCUUGUUAUUUCUUUCUUUCAUAAUUUCUUAAAUUCUUCUUUCUUAUUCUUCGUUUUUCAUUCUUUCUUUCUCUUUUUCUUUCUUUUUUCUUUCUUUCUUUUUCUUUCUUCCUUUUUUGCUUUCUUUCAGACUUUUUCGUUUGUGUCUUUUUCUCUCUUUCUUUCUUUCUUUCUUUCUUUCUUUCUUAUAUUCUUCUUGCGUUUCCUUAGUUUUUCUUCCAUUUUUUAUUUCUUUUGUUCCUUUGGUGUUUCUUUCCUUUUUCUUUCUUUCUCGGAUAUAAAAAGAGAAGAACAGUGGAGGGAGCGAGUGUCAAUCUUGCAUUUUCAGAUAGAUUUAAUACAAUCAUUGUAUUAA